AUGCCCAUCUACUCGACGCAGAUCGUCCGCCUGGACGGCUUGAUGCUCGCUGCAUCAAUCGAGAACUCUCCAGACCUCAUCUUCUUCGCCAUCACCGAACGUUCUUUCCCCAAGGAACUUGCCGCCAUGUACCUUGACGACGUCUCAGCAGAAUUCUUGAGCACCCACAGAGACACCGAAUACCGUUCGCCAGCAUUGCGCCCGUAUGCUUUCAACGACUUCGAUACCUUCAUGCAACGCACGAAAAAGUCAUACGAGAACCCUAGGGCUUCGAACAAUCUGGACAAGGUGCAAGCUCAGCUGAAAGAGACGACUCAGAUCAUGUCCAAGAACCUGGAGGAUCUGCUCUACCGUGGUGACAGCUUGGACAGAAUGGGCCAGAUGAGUUCCGACUUGAGAGAAUCUAGCAANAAGUACAAGCGUGCCGCAGUGAGAAUCAACUGGGAAUUGCUCUUGAAGCAGACCAGAAAGCCGCCUGUCGCGGUUGACGAAUAUCUUUCAGGUCCUACUCCCGAGUGA